AUGAAGGCAACAACUAUAGUACCGCAGAAACGGAAGAAGGAAGAGAAGAACGAAGAUGAGAUCCUCAAGGAUGGCAAGCUGACAACUGCCGCCGAGAAUUUCUUUGAGGCGCUAUCUGAGGCUGGUAUUACGCACUGCUUUGUCAAUUUAGGAAGCGACCAUCCCGCAAUGUUGGAAGCGAUGAUCAAGGCAAAGCAAGAGAACAAACCCAAUUUCCCAGAUAUCAUUACAUGCCCCUCCGAGCUGGUUGCACUAUCAGCAGCAUUGGGAUAUGCUCAAACCACGGGAAUUCCACAAUGUGUCAUUGUCCAUGUCGACUGCGGGACUCUCGCCCUAGGGCAGUCGGUACACAACGCUUCUGUUAGCAGAGUUCCUGUACUGUGCUUCGCCGGCUUGAGUCCCUUUACUCAAAAUGGCGAACUAUUGGGUUCACGAACAGAGUUCAUUCACUGGCUGCAAGAUGUACCGGACCAAGCCGCGAUUGUCCGACAAUACUGCAGAUACACAGGUGAGAUCAAGACUGGCCGUAACAUUAAGCAGAUGGUCUCGCGAGCCUUGCAGUUUGCUACAUCCGAUCCCAAAGGCCCGGCAUAUUUGAUGGCUGCAAGAGAAGUCCUCGAGGAACGUGUGGGAGAAGAAUGCCUGGACGGAGAAAUUCUCUGUUCAGUUGCCCCAAGUGCACUGCCAGAGCAAGAGGUGGAACUAAUUGCUAAAUCGCUCAUGGAUGCAAAGCGACCGCUCAUCAUUACAAGCUAUCUUGGUCGGAAUCACAAAGCACCCGCUCUAUUAACCGAGCUCUGCGACAAGCUUCCAAUUACCGUGGUGGAAAUGGUCGGCUCCGAUGUAUCUCUAAGGAGUGACCAUGAAGCAUAUCGCGGUGUUACAGUGACUACUCACCCGGAAGUUCUUGAAGCAGACGUUAUUCUCAUUCUCGAUUGCGAUGUGCCUUGGAUUCCUACCGCUGGGAAGCCCCGAGCCGGCACAAAGGUGUUCCAUCUAGAUGUCGAUCCCCUGAAGCAACAAAUGCCACUCUUCUCAAUCAACGCCACGCGCCGGCUCAAAGUUGGCUGUGGGAUCGCGCUUGAGCAAAUCAAUGCCUUCCUGGACAAACAAAACAUUGAUCGGGCUCGGUAUUCCCUGGAGUUUGAGCGGCGGUCAGUUGACUACAAAGCCUGGCGAAGUACUCUACAAGGGCUCGAGUCACCAUCAGAAGAUGGUGUAGUUAGUGUGCCAUACUUGGCAUCAAGAUUGCGCGAUUCUCUCCCCGAGAACACGAUCUACGUCUUGGAGGCUGUCACCAAUUCGGGACAUCUCAUCCACCACUUGAAUCUAACCAAGCCGGGAAGUCUCGUUGCAAGCGGCGCCGGUGGUCUCGGGUGGGGAGGUGGUGCAGCACUCGGAGUGAAACUAGGCAAGCCUGGGUCAUUUAUUUGCGCUAUCGUCGGUGAUGGCGUAUAUCUAUUCUCACAGAUGGAGAGCGUAUACUGGAUCGCCAGACGUUACGAUAUUCCGUUCCUCCUCAUUGUGCUCAACAACGGUGGAUGGAAUGCUCCAAAAGUGUCUGCACUUCUGGUUCAUAAGGACGGGCUAUCAUCGAGGUCAAACAGGCGAGAUCUCAAUAUCUCGUUUGAUCCUUCGCCUGAUUACCCCGGCAUUGCUGCUGCAGCUGGUAAGGCAUGGGGUGCAACAGUUGCUAAACAAAGUGACCUUGAUCCUGCGAUUAAGGAGGCAACAGAGGUUGUCCAAGGUGGAAAGUGUGCUGUGAUCGAGGUUUCUGUCCCGUCAAUUUGGAAGGAGAGCUAG